CGUGCGUACGCACGCGACCGUCUCCUCCGUUCCUCCGACACCUCUGUUCGCCGCCUCCUCUCAAUUUCCUUCCCCAUUGCGUCUCUAAACCAAAUCUCCCGCCGCCGAGCGCCCGAUGCUCCCGCCGAGGUCCUGUUAGCCACCUACAGUCAAGCAUCGCUGGUAGUGCUAGGCUGUGGUGCUCCAGCCGCUCUUCAUCUGACGAGGGCAGGAACUUGGAGCUGCUGGUCAUCAUUCUUGGUCUUCUUCGAUUGGGACUUCCUUGAAUUAUUUGAUGGAUAGUAUAAACCAAAAUGCACUUUACUAUGAUCCCCAGAGGGAUAUAUCAGUUUCAGGAGCUACUCAAAGCGUGACAAACUGCGAGCCUCAUGUGGUUCAAUCUGCUAAUUCUUAUGUGCCUUGCUCGACAUCGGUUCAACAUGACUACAAUGCUGCCCAAUAUCCAAACUAUUACUAUAACUAUCUACAAGCACAAAAUGAUUCCUCUGUUCAACAAGGAGUAGGUCAACAUCCAGGUGCUGCUUACCAGUCUCUUAACUUCGUUUCAGAAUUCAGGAUCUUAUGUUGGUCCUACAAGUAACAUAUAUUAUAAUUCUAGUACUCAUCAGACUGCACCAGGAUCAACGAGCAACUAUUAUUAUCAUCAAAACAAUGCCUGGGGUGAUGGAAGCUCUGUGAAUAAUCAUGCCCAAUCAUAUCAGAGUUACACCCCAGAUAGUAAUGUAGCCCAGAGUUCUAGUUCACUACCCGCAAGCUCUGUCCACUAUCAACAUCAGUACAACCAAUGGCCUUAUUAUUAUGAUCAGUCUGCACAGACUUCAGGUGGUCUUGCAGUUGCUGGUAGCACUGCUUCUGUUGCAAAGGCUGCUACCAUUGGUCCUGAUUAUGUACAUCCCAGCAACCAGCCACCUCCACCAGGCACUACUUCGUGGAGGAGUGGUUCUGGUAAUACUGUUGCACCUCCUGCACAGGCGGCGGACAUUCAAGGAUAUCAAAACCAGUAUGGCCCCAAGGCCCAAGUCGCCCCAGUGCUUCAAAACCAGUAUGUUAACAACAUAGCAGGUAUCCCAACGCUUCAUAACCAGUAUGCCAGCUCAGCAUUCCAGCAUAGCUCUGCAAAUUGUAAUCAGCUACCGCUAAGUAACCAAGCUGAUCAACAAAAGGCUUUGCAUUUACAUGUUUCAAGCUCAAAUGUUUCUUCAGUCAAUCGUGUUUCUGAAAACUCUCAGGCGCCUUGUCAGGAUUCUGGGACAUCAAAUGUUCACAUGGUAAACAAAGUACAGAUCCCAAUAAAUCCUCGAAUAGCCCCAAGUCUUCCAAUAGGAAUGCCCAAAAUGGAUGAGUCAAAUUUAGAAGCUAAUUCAUCACUGAAACCUGCUUAUGUUUGUGUUUCAAUGCCCAAGAAUGAUGUGAAGGCUGCACAAGAAGGUUCUGAAGCAGUAAUGCAGGUGACGGGAUCUUUCCCUGUUUCACUGCGUACUUAUGUUGAACGGAAUCUUGCCCAUUGCAAGGAUGAUGCCCAAAGGACUGCCAGCCGAAGAAUCUUAAAAGAGAUAAUCACAAAAGCAACUGCUGAUGGGACCCUUCAUACGAAGAACUGGGACAUUGAACCACUAUUAAAUUUGCCAGAAAUUACUGCAGGCGCCAAUAUGACUAGCACUGGGACGGAUUUAAGUCCCUUUUCUUUUUCAUCAUCAAGGAGUCGUCCUAGUAGACGUACAAAAAGUAGGUGGGAGCCUGUUGCAGAGGAAAAGGUUACUAACAAUGUGGAAGUUCCUAAAGAAUCUGCAAAGAGUAAUAUCUGCAGUAGUUUGGAACCAACCAAAAGAACGAGUAACAGUUGGGAUCUCAGGAAGUUUGUCCAAUCCCGCCAAGUUCCUUUUAGUCAAUGCAGUCAGAGUACUACUAAAAAGCAGCGAACUGGUGGUGGUGCAAGUCUAACUGAAAAUGGAAAUGCCUCAAGUGACAGUAGUAAGGAGCAGGAUUUAAUGAAAUAUUACUCCAGUUCAAUCACACUAGCAAAUUCACCUGAGGAAAAGAAACGACGGGAGCAUAGAUCUAAGCGUUUUGAACGGAGUCAAGAUGUGCCAUCAAAAUCUGGAAGUUCUCUACCAGAUAAUGAUGCCACAGCCAACAUAUAUACUGGAUUGUGGUGUUUAAUAAUGAGAUGCUUAUUAUCUAGAGUUUAUGAAACCCAUGCACGUUUAGCUAUUCAAUCUGGAGAUUUACCUGAAUAUAGUCAGUGCCAGUCUCAGCUAAAGAGGUUUUAUGCAGGAGGACUCAGAGGCUGUAACCUUGAAUUCUCAGCUUACAACUUGCUAUGUGUCAUGCUGCACUCUAAUAGCAAAAGAGAUUUGCUUUCAUCGAUGGCAAGCUUGCCAAAGGAAGCCAAGAAAGACGCUACUGUCAAGCAUGCCCUUGAAGUUUCUGCUGUCUCGUCUGGCAACUAUGUUCUGUUUUUCAAAUUAUACAAGGUGGCACCCAACUUAACCUCAUGUCUUAUGGACCUCUAUGUGGAACGAAUGCGCUUUGAGGCUAUAAAAUGCAUGUCGAAAUCAUAUCGCCCAACUGUACCAAUCAGAUACGCCGCACAGGUUUUAGGAUUUGUGGGAAUUGAUGAAGUUUGUGAGACUAAUGGAGCUGAUGGACUGGAAGAAUUCAAGAAAUGGUUAAAAGCACAUGGUGCUGUUCUUUCAGUAGAUAAUAAUGGAGAAGUGCAGAUAGACACAAAGGUUUCUUCUACUUCUUUAUACAUGCCGGAACCUGAGAACGCUGUUUCUCAUGGUGAUGCAUCUCUUGCUGUUGAUGAUUUUUUGGCACGAGUAUCAUAAGAUAUCCUGGUGAGCGCCACUCUGCCCCCUUCUUUUGCACUGGUCUUUGGAGGUGCUGCACAAAUGCAUGUCGCCAAGACCAGUAGAGUUACCUUUUGUUAGAUGGAAAAAAAAAAUUACUGUCACAUGAAACAAGUAGGUGUCCAGGACAGAAUACAUGCAAGUAGGUGACUUUCUCGUAGUCUCACCUCACAUUGUGCUCUGACACUGUUUUAUGGCUGGCGAUUCGUGUUAGUCUGCAUCCAUCUGAGUUCUAUAUGAUCGUUUAAUUGAGAUCAAUGGCAUGCCCAGAGUUAUGUUGGGUGGUAUUGUGCCAGUCUGUUAAUACUUUGCCAUCCAGACCUCAAGUGUAUAUGUUGUUGAAAAAUGUGUUCAAAUCAGUUCAAUGUAUUAUACAUUUCCGUA